GCGCUCCCGCCGCCGCCGCAGCAGCCGCCGCCGCCGCAGCAGCCGCCAGCCGUCUCUGUAGCCGCCGCCCCUCACGCAGAACCCGCAGUCUUGCCCGAGCGCCGCGACCCUCUCCCGGCCGGAGGCUCCCGGAGGUGAUGGCGGACAAGGGGAAGGGAGCCCGGGAGAACGCUGCGCACCCGCGGCCCGGCCCUGCGCACCCGCGGCCGGGCCCUGCGCACCCGCGGCCUGGCCCUGCGCAGGAGCGGGGCGCGCGCCCGGUUCCCGCAGUCCGGGCCCGACCAGCCGAGGAGCGCUGCCAGCCCGGCCCCUCAGCGGGCCCUGGAGCCGCCCCGCUUCGCCCUGGACGCCGGGAAGCCGCCUCCGCGGCGACCUCCUCAAGCCUGGAAAACAGCCUGGUCAGGGGCGAGGCCCCAGAAACCUGUGGCGCAGACGGCCGCGGGGCGCGGGCGGGAGCCAGCGGGAAGGCCGAGGAAGUGACGACGGAGGAGGGCGCCAUCUUCAUGGAGAAGGCAGCGCAGGAGGUGGAGAAGCAGCAGGUGGGGGAGGAGAAGCGGGAGGUGAGCGCGGAGGCCCGUGAGGCCCAGGCAGCCCAGAACCGGGAUGGCCGAGGCGCGAACCCACUGGAGGCCAUCCAGUGGGAGCUGGAGGCCGUGCGUGCCCAGGCCGAGAGGGCCUACCUCGGGCUGCAGCGCAGUUUGGGGCGGAUGCGCAGGAUGCACCUAGCUCGCAGGAGCUUCAUCAUCCAGAAUAUUCCGGGCUUCUGGGUCACGGCCUUCCUGAACCACCCGCAGCUGUCAACCUUGAUUAGCCCCCGAGAUGAAGACAUGCUCUGCUACUUGAUGAAUUUGGAGGUGAGGGAGCUCAGGCACGCUAGAUCAGGUUGCAAGUUCAAGUUCCGCUUUUGGAGCAACCCCUACUUCCGCAACAAGGUGCUAGUGAAGGAGUAUGAGUGCAGAGCCCCCGGCCAAGUGGUGUCUAUUGCCACUCGUAUCCGAUGGCACCGAGGCCAGGAACCUCCCCCCCUGGUACACAGGAACCGGGAGACUGUCCGAAGCUUCUUCAGCUGGUUUUCCCAGCACAGUCUCCCAGAGGCCGACAGGGUUGCCCAGAUUAUUAAAGAUGAACUGUGGCCCAACCCCCUGCAGUACUACCUGCUGGGGGAGAGAUCCCCCAGAGCCAGGGGAGGCCUAGCAAGGUGGCCCAUAGAGGCCCCUCCGAGGCCCUACGGAUUCCAGUCUGGCUAAGUCCUGCCCUAGGAUGUGGUGGCUAUGUAAGACCCCCCUUUCACCUGUGGACCUGGGCUCAGGCCAGUGAAGAGCACUUUGCUGUCUGCUUUCUGUUCUGUGCACACUGGCUCCUCUGCAUGUUCAUGAACUCAGCUCCCAGAUUGUGGCCCUCAUGGCCAGUCUCUACUGUUUCCACAUGACCUUCAUGCAGUUCUGGGUCAACAUCACGUGACUGUCAUAAGCCACUACAUCUACACCAAGCACUCGAUGCUGCGGAUGUGUACUGCCAUCAUCUUCAUGGCCUGGACUUAUCUAUAUGACAGUGGCCUUCCCACCCAUUUGUGACACAGGCACCCACAAGUCAUCACUAGGAGGACCAGUGCCUCUUCGAGGCCUACUGCUUCAAAGCCACAACAUGCUGGGCUUCAUAUUCAUGCUGGCUGUGCUCAUCGUGGCCCCACGCACUGGGUGUGGCAAGCUGAAUCUCAUUACCCAAGAUGAAGGGUGUGCAUUUAGUGCCGGCUGCCAACCAGACUUGGACAUUCCACGGCUUCAGAAGCACAGGCCAGGCUACCACCAAGUGGACUUUUGAGCAUCUGGCAGCACAUUCUUUGUGAUCGUACUGCUUUUCCUGUCCCGUUUCGUCCUGUAUCAGCCUGCUAUCAGCUUGUGAAGGUCUGUGCUGUGCCCCACCAAUGCCUGGCUGUCACCUCCUUUCUGAUGAGUUUUACCUGGGCCAUCAUAAGCCCUGUUGCCUGCUCCUAGAUCUACGAGUACUUCAAGAACUGCCUGUGCACCCAGGUGGGCCACCUGCCAAUGCCCAGGAGAAUCCCUAAUCCCCCAGGAACUCUACCAGGCUGGCAUAUCUGGGCAUAUGCUCAAGACAGGAGCAAGGACGGGAUCCCUUCCAGGAAUCCACCUUCCUGAGCCCGAGUCACUGGACCCGCACCCAAUCGAGGCGCUUUGCCAGCUUCCCUGCCUCCACAUGUUUUCAGGCUGCCAGGUUGUGGGUACUAGGGAGGGGGUUUCUGGUCAUGGGGCUUGUCUACACCUGCCCAGCUCUCACAUUUUUCUUUAAAGUGAUGGCUCAGAAACAAAAACAACUGAAGAAGCAAGGUUUUUUUACACAUGGCUAAGGAGACAGACCUUCUUGUUGAAUUUGCCUCCCUUCGUCUGUCACCAGAGAGGGAGAGCUUGUCCGGUAGAUUGCAGCGCUCUCUUUGCCCCCUCUGCUCCCAUGCCCCACCCCCUUCAGCAAGGCCUCGAAUCUUCAAAAAGGGACAGUGCAAAGGCUGCUGAACAAAGAGACCAGGAAGUUGCCGGGGCAGGACUAGUUAAUCAGGCUGUGUUCUUUUAGACUAACGUUAGCCCCAACUCUUUCUUCCUCCUCUACCAGGUCCAAACUCACCAUGGGUUUCUUUUUUGUUUUUACCUUGUCACUAACUUGAAGCCCACCAUCAUGGGUUUCUAUAGGUAUGAGAGCAGAACUGCCUGUCCCCUGCAAGUCCCCCCACCAGGCUGGCAGGGCUGUCUGUCUCCAUUUCAUUUGAGGGGAGGAGGUGUGGUGACCACACCAAACCCCUUCCCAUGGAAGGCCUUGUGUUCUGCUCCCCAGGGCCUGGGGAGGCCUUAACACAGUGUAGAGGGUGCUGUUGGCAGGGAGUGCAGUGAGCCAGAGACAGCUGAAAAGGCAGGUGGCUGAGAGAUGUUAGAAGAGCCCGAUUUUUGCUUUUUCCAUUCAUUCACCAGUGUUUUGUAAGUUAGAAGAAUAACAGAACACUGCGCCUUUAGAGCUUUUCUCUCUUGGUCUGACCUUGUGUAUGUAGAAAGUUAAUGCUAUAUGCUUUGUAUUUAGCUGCUUUUAAGUCAGACCCUGUGCAUCCCCUCCUGUGUUUCAGCUCGCUGGGGGAUUGAGCUGUACAGCUCUGCUUGUUGCUUUUAGCUGACAACAUUCACAGGAUUGUCAAUGUACUUUUCCUAUGCUGUUUGGAAACUUAUGUGACUAUUCACAAUUGUUAUCUAGUUGCUGUGGCCUGUUACUAUAACUCUGUACUUAGUAGUGCAGUUUGAAUAAGGAGGUUUUGUAGGACUUACAACUGGAAGUUAUUACCAUGUUCUGUAAGGAUAACCUCCAGAAAGAAAUCUGUAACUCUAAUGGUCUUGAAUUUGUGCCCUAGUAGUUGUGCUGUAAUUGACAUCAUUGUAACUGACAUCACUGUUUCUAAACAGUGAAAUGCUCCUAAGACGGCUUUGUCCGUUCAGAGGGGAUUUGUGGCACUUGUCUUUAUUAUAUGCAUGAUGAAAAAAUAAAAAUCUUUCCGUCUGGAGAAAAAAUAA